AUGAAUAUGUCUGAGACACAAGUUAACAUCACUGCCGCGCCGGCGCCCGCGACGACGAAAAAGAACCUAGGAAUGCGGAAGAACGGUCAAGUAUGGCUUCCCGCCAAAAAGGCCUUCCGUCCAACGAAGGGCCUUACAUCAUGGGAGCUUCGAGUGAAGAAACGCCAGGAGCAAGCCGCUAUGAAGGCGAAGGAGAGGGAGAUGAAGGAAGAAAAGGAAGCUGAGCGACAGAAAAGGAUUCAAGCCAUAAAAGAAAGGAGGAAGAAGAAGGAGGAAAAGGAACGUUACGAGCAGCUGGCCGCCAAGAUGCAUAAGAAGAGGCUGGAGAGGCUAAAGCGCAAGGAGAAGCGCAACAAGCUUCUCAACUCUUAA